CUUUCUUUCCCCCUGCCUGUCGGAGAUGCGCUUCGCUAUCAGUGGCACCCUUGGAUUAGCUGCCGCAGUUAUAGGCGCCAGAGCACAAGGAGGAUUAUUUACUUCCUUAUCCCAAAUAAAGGAUACCCAUUACGAUUUUGUAAUUGUUGGUGGCGGAACCGCUGGUAGUGUGCUCGCGAACCGGCUCACUGAAUCCGGGGAACAUAGCGUUCUUGUCGUCGAAGCAGGCAUAGAUCAUAAAGGACUUCUCGAUCUCGUGAUACCACUUUUAGCGAUCAACUUACGAACAAAUGGCACCAUUACGAAUUGGAACUAUACAACGGUUCCUCAGCGGGGAGCGCUGAAUCAAAGUCUUGAAGUAGCAAGGGGAUUUGUGCUAGGUGGAAGCAGUAGCAUCAAUACUCUACAAUGGUACCGUGCCUCAAACUCUCUCUGGAACACAUUUGCGCGGCUCAGUGGUGAUGAAGGAUGGGGAUGGAAGUCGGUGGAAAAGUAUUACUUCAAGACGUCUAGCCUGGUUACUCCCCAAGAUGGACGAGACAUAUCUACAGAAACCAACUCCCGCGCUCAUGGUAGUGGUCCGCUCAACGUCACCGUAAAUGGGUUUGUAUUCGAUAUCGAUACCGUUUUCGAGGAAGCAGCGAAGAAUUCGACGCGUUUCCCUUACAAUCAGGAUUACAACUCAGGAAAUUCGCUUGGAAUAGCUUGGGCACAAUCCACAACUGGCGGUGGGGUGAGGAACAGCGCUGCUACGGCCUAUCUUGACCCUGUCAUGAGCCGACAGAACCUGGAUGUUCUCAUCAAUACUCGAGCAACCAAGAUUCUUUCAUCAUCCUCACACCAGGGUAAGGGAGAGCCCAUGAUGAACGUGGUUCAACUAGCAACAGAUGCAAACGGCCCUCGAGUGAACAUCACUGCCAGAAAGGAAGUCAUUCUUUCCGCCGGAGCGAUCAACACUCCACAAAUUCUCCUCAUGUCCGGUAUCGGUCCCAAAGAAGACUUGGAAGCACUCAACAUCGACGUCGUCUUGGAUUCGCCUGCUGUUGGUUUGAAUCUCACAGAUCAGCCGGCCAUACCGAUCGUGUUCAACGUUACUUCUGUUCACACAUUCACCGACCUUUUACGGAAACCAGAAUUAUCAGAGCAGCUGCUACAGCAGUGGCAAGAAAACCGAACAGGCUUAUAUGUCAAUUAUCCGGGCUCAAUAGUUGGAAACUUCAAACUACCUCCGACUUUUAAAGAUGUUUCGUCAGGAGAUGGAAGUGCAAACAUCGGGUUUGUUACCGUUGAUAGCUUUUUGGCCGCACCUCCGGUACCUGAGACUGGCGAAUUCAUUAGCAUGUUACUCGCCGUUCUCAGUCCUAGCUCUCGUGGGUCUGUGAAGCUCGCCACCACCAAUCCCUUCGACGCGCCUCUUAUUGAUUUCGGGAUUUACUCCUCCGAUCUUGACAUCAAAGCGCAAGUUCAAGCAAUGAAAAUGGUAGACGAGAUCUUCGCUUUACCCCAAUUCAACGGAAUCUUCCUCGGUCCAUAUGGGGAUCUAGCACUGGCUAAAACUGACGAGCAAAAGGCCGAUUUCGCUAGACGGAACGUUGGCGUAUACGACCACGCGUCUUGUUCUGUCUCCAUGGGACCAGGGGGUGUUCUUGACUCUCAUUUGAGGGUGAAAGGCGUUAAAGGACUCCGAGUCGUCGAUGCUUCUGUUUUCCCCAUGAUACCUGAAUCUAAUACUCAAGCUCCCGUUUAUAUUGUUGCUGAAAGAGCUGCAGAUCUGAUCAAGGCAGAUUACCACUCGUUUUCAUAAUUUUCAGAUCCAAUUAUCGCUGAUUCAAUCUUCUACGAUAGGUGGCUCAAUGUAGACUAGAUGCAAAAAUCUGACAACAAUAACGAUCAUACUUUUUUGACACAUAAAAGAAGCCAAUACCUCUCCUUUGUGUCAUUCCCUGGAUCCCUCGAACUGGUGCAAACAUGAGAAAGGAACCUGUAUGUUGUUGCCUGUACACCCACUAUAUGCACAUGUCCUUGUACACUAACCCACCACUGCAUAUACCACUGGCAUACCUUCUACCAC